AUGGAGCUCUACGGCAUUCCGCCGCACAUUUCCACCAUCCCCGAGACCUGGCCUGUCUGGCAGGCGGGCCAGGGCCGAACCAUCCUGCUCGGUCUCAUCAUGCACUACUUUUACUGGCGUGGCCAGUACGCCGAGUGUGAUGCUCUCUUGAUGGGCGUCACUUUCCUUGGAAUCAACGACUAUCUAGUGCUCCGCGACCACGGCAAUCCGAUAUGGGCGUGGUCGCGCAUCAUCUUCUCCGUCGCCUUUGCCUCCACUGGGUACUUUGGUCUGACCCAAGGCCGGCGAUUCGGUGCCAAGACAGCGAAAACCAAUUGA